GCUUCGUUUCUUUUAUGGCUUUAACCAAAAGAAAAAUUUAAUCUUUGUUAAGAGUUUUAGACAAUUAUUUGGUUGGUAUUAUAUCGUCUCUGUCAAUCUCUAGUUCCAUCUCAAUCCAAGGCGAUGUUGUUUAGUGCUUCAGCGACACCACUAGUGCCCAGCUUGUGUCUUCUUGCGGCGGAGAAACCCGUCAAUCGUCGUCCUAUGAUGAUGAGACUCUCAGGCGGCGGAGCAAUUGGGUCUUCUUCAUCGUCUUCGAAUUUCGAUCUGAAGACGUAUUGGGGAACUCUGAUGACGGAGAUCAAUCAGAAGCUCGACGAGGCGAUACCGGUCAAGUACCCUGCGGGGAUCUACGAGUCGAUGAGAUACUCGGUGCUCGCACAAGGCGCCAAGCGUGCCCCUCCAGUCAUGUGUGUUGCCGCCUGCGAGCUUUUCGGUGGCGAUCGCCUCGCCGCUUUCCCAACCGCUUGUGCCCUUGAAAUGGUCCACGCGGCUUCGUUGAUACACGACGACCUCCCCUGUAUGGACGAUGAUCCUGUCCGCCGAGGAAAGCCAUCGAACCACACAGUCUACGGCUCCGACAUCGCCAUUCUCGCCGGCGACGCCCUCUUCCCACUCGCCUUCCAGCACAUUGUCUCCCACACCCCUCCCGACCUUGUUCCC